AUGGAGCGCUCGGACAAAGCGGCGCUGAACGCCCUGCAGCAGCCCGAAUUCAGGAGUGAAAGUACAUUAGCAUCCACCUUGAAGACACUCCUGUUCUUCACGGCCUUGAUGAUCACGGUUCCCAUUGGGUUAUAUUUCACGACCAAGUCCUAUGUGUUUGAAGGUGCCUUGGGCAUGUCCAACCGGGACAGCUACUUUUACGCCGCCAUUGUGGCUGUGGUGGCCGUCCACGUGGUCCUGGCUCUCUUCCUCUACGUGGCGUGGAAUGAAGGCUCACGGCAGUGGCGCGAAGGCAAACAGGAUUGA